AAGGUUCCCAGGACUUUUUUCAAAAAACUGUCACUGAGAAAAGGCUCUCGAUUCACUCUACUCUAUUCUCCCUACGUCGGCGCUCCUUCCGUCUCUCCUGUAAACCCCUAUUCCUCCCUCGGCGGUGACUCCCUCUGGCAAGGCCUCCCUCGGCGCGCUCUAUCUCGCAAACCCUCAAUCGUCGCUCCUCCCUCCAUCGCUCAGCACCCGCUGCCGUUGCCGUCUCCCUCUCCCACACUCGUCGCACCUCUGUUUCCUCUCUCAACCCUCCUCUUCGCCACCCGUUAGCGCCAACCGUCAGCCAUGUUCAGCAUUCGCAGCGCCGUGGUUUUGUUUCUAAACUUCUUGAUAUUUGGUUCUGUUCUGCUGCUGCUGUGGUAGUGCUCAGCUGCUGCUAUGUGGUGCUGAACUGCUACUGCUUUGCCUGUUCUGUUCUGCUAGUUUUUCUACAUCAUAUAAGCAGUGAAGUCUUUUUGGAUUUUGCUCCAAGUUCUGUCUCAAAACUGAAUGAGAAAGAUAACUACACCAGGAAGCAUUGCCAGCUCAUUGUUGUCCGAGCAUACAUGUUGCCAUUGAUGCAUGUCUGGUGUUUGGUAUUACUAUUUCAUUUGUUGUAUGUUCUAAGUUUAAUUUAUUUUAGGCUUUUGAUAGUUCUUUAUCUGCUGAUGCUGCCACUGCCACUGCCACCUCUUAUAUUUUGCCUCUGCAGCAGUGUUGCUCCACUGCUGGUGAGCCAGUCUGCUGCGGUAGUCCUUCUUAACUUAGUUUUCUUCAUGCAAUAAAUCAAUAUGAAAUAUUGUUUAUUAGAGUACUUUUAGCUUGCUAUUCAAUCUUAAUCCAAAUAAUUCUAUGGAGACCAUAAAAGUAGUGGUUUUUACCAAUAUUAUUGCCAUGUCUUCACUUAUUAUGGUGUUGUUUGUUAGAUCUGUUUCAAGUAGCCUCUUUUUCAGCUUAUAUGGAAAUUCAUGCCCAGUUAUAGACGUGGUUGUGAGAAAUAGUUGCGCUGAGAGCAUACAGAGAUUGCUAGAGUCGCGCUGGGAGGCUGAGAAGACCGUGAAGAUAUGUGAGGAAGGUGGAAUCAUCAUCAAGGAAGGAGAGCGUGCAAGGGUUUUGGCUAUUCUUUGGAAGGAAAAUAGCGCCAAAAACUAUGAAAAGAAGCAAACAAGUAAGAAGGAGGUAGGCCAAAGUGUUUACGAGCGCAAGAAAUCCCUCAGAAGGAGAAGACCAUGAAGACCGCCUGAGGAGCACUACUUCUACCAGAGGAUCGCCGUGCCAGGUCGUCGUGGAGCUAACACCGGCGAGCUACCUCAAACACUCCCUAUCAUCGGUUAAGCCAUCGGACCGCAGUGGAGCUCUCCUCUCGGCGUCUCUGGUCGCUUCUGGCGUGGUUCCUGAUCAGUUCCGACAGGCUCUGCAAGAGUUCUGAGUGCUACGUCGUGCGUGCUGGUGGGUUUGUUUGAGAUGAUUGAUUCUUGGUACUGUGAACCAAGUCGCAAACGCAGCGUUGUUGUGCAAUCUUCUCUCCCGGUAACUUCCUCAUGGCCGAAUUGACACUCUGUUUGGCCCCGUCUCUCUAUGCUGGCCCUGCCUUUCGGAAUUGAGAUGAUGGUUUGAAUCUGCUGGCUGGAGUUGUCUUGUUCUUGGUUGGUUUCAAAAUGCUCAUUGAUUCGGUCCUAUUUUACCUCCAAAACCAACUUCACAUAUAACAUGUUCGAUGAAAUGCUCCAUAGAGACAUUUCCCUUGUAAACUCCCUCAUCACCUCAUAUGUUCGCCGUGGAGACCUUGCCGCUGCAUGGACCCUCUUCUGUGAUGUGCGACGCACACGCUCUGACCUUGAUGCACACACCUUCACCCCUGUCCUUCGUGCGUGCUCUUUGUUACCACUCUCUAAGCGUGGCAAACAAGUCCACACACACAUGAUCAAGACCGGUGCAGAUAUUGGAACUGUGGCAAAAACUGCACUGAUGGACAUGUAUUCGAGAUAUGGGUAUUUGGAACACUCCAAAAGGAUCUUUGAAGAGAUGGUUCACAGGGAUGUUGUUGCUUGGAAUGCUUUGCUUUCGAAUUUCUUGAGGCACGAUCUGCCCCUUGAAGCACCAAGUGUUCUAAGAGAAAUGGGAAAGGAGAAUGUUGAGCUCAGUGAGUUCACACUUUGUUCUGUGUUGAAAUGUUGUGCUUCUUUGAAGGCCUUGGAAUUGGGUAGACAGGUUCAUGGUUUGGUGGUGUCCAUGGGGCGUGAUUUGGUUGUGCUGAGCACUGCUCUUAUUGAUUUUUACUCCACUGUUGGAUGUAUUGAUGAUUCUUUGAAAGUUUUCUAUAGUUUGAAGGGUUGGAAAGAUGACAUGAUGUAUAACUCUUUGGUUUCUGCGUGCGUCAGGAAUAGGAGGUAUGAUGAAGGGUUCAAAAUUCUGAGCUUGAUGAAGCCUAAUGUGGUUGGUCUUACCAGUUCUCUGGUUGGCUGCUCUGAGAAUCUGGAUCUAUGGGUAGGGAAACAGAUUCAUUGUAUCACGAUACGUCAAGGUUUCACUUAUGAAAAUCAACUGUGCAAUGCCUUGUUGGACAUGUAUGCUAAAUGUGGGAAGAUUUCCCAUGCUCGAUCAUUGUUUGAUGGAAUUUGUCGGAAGGAUGUGAUUUCCUGGACAUGUAUGAUUGAUGCAUAUGGUCGGAAUGGCGGACAUGAAGCUGUUGAGCUGUUUGAGCAGAUGAUAGAGGAUGGCAAUAAGGCGAUUCCGAACUCUGUGACUUUUUUGUCCUUGUUGUCGGCUUGUGCUCACUCUGGAUUGGUGGAGGAAGGUAAAAAAUGCUUCAAUUCGUUGAGGGAGAAAUAUGGUCUUGAACCAGAUCCAGAGCAUUAUGCAUGCUUCGUAGAUAUCUUAGGCCGAGCCAGUAACAUGGAAGAAGUUUGGUCAGCAUAUCAAAAUAUGAUUGAGCAAGGUACUAAGCCUACUGUAGGAGUAUGGAUAGCAUUGCUGAAUGCUUGUAGUCUUAAUCAGGAUGUUGAAAGAGGUGAAUUUGCUGCAAAGCAUCUCUUGCAGAUGGAGCCUGAUAACGCUAGCCAUAUUGUGCUUGUAUCAAAUUUUUAUGCAGCCAUUGGAAAGUGGGAUUAUGUAGAUGAGUUGAGAAGCAUGAUGAGGACAAAAGGGUUGGUCAAGGAAGCUGGCAAUAGCUGGAUUAAUGUUUCGGCCUUCAGUUAAUCUAUAAUGUUCUUCACUAUAAUGCUUGGUUAAUCUAUAAUGUUCUUCACUAUAUACCAUGCAGGAAAAACCACACUUUGUUCCAAUUUGUACCAAAUGAGAAGCAGGAAUUAUUUGUCUUACGUUGGUUCAUGCUAUAGUUUGAUGCUGCCUGAUUUUUUUAUAGAUACACUUCUCUUCCUCUGUAGGUCAAGGCAGCUAACAAGCUUUUGAAGACAAUUCCACAAGAUGGUGUUGGAAAAAAGGUCGAUGGGGUGCCUGUGUUUAGUGCCCAGAACUUAGACAUUGCAAUUGCAACUAAAGAUGGAAUUAAAUGCGACGGCGAGAUGUGGUUGAUGACAACUUAGCAGCAGAAGUGAUUGAGGAAAUGAAUGAUAGUUUAGGGGAUCCUCCAGAGGUUCAGGAAGUCCUAGAUGAAAUGGGCCAUCCAAGUAUACCACUAAGUGUUAUUUCAAAAGCUGCAGAACUCCAUUUCCAUUAUACUGUUGACAAGGUAAUCCUGGGUAAUAGGUGGUUGCGGAAAGCAACAGGCAUACAACCAAAAUUUCCCUAUAUGGUUGACUCGUUUGAGAGAAGAUUCAAGUAGCUGUCUUGAUAACUCUAAAGGGGAAGAUGAUAGAAACAUUCUGAAUGCAUUGACUCCUCUUGUUUCAAUUUGGAUGAUAACAAUUCUUUAAUCGAAGACUCUCGUCCCAAAUUUAGGCUACCUUUUGGUGGUUGGUUUCACCAAAAAUAGCAGGAAAAAGUAGAAUCCUCGAGAAAAGGGGUACACAAAGAAGAUUCAGGACUGAGUCCCUUCCUUCCGAAAGUAACAAUGAUUGGUCUAUCUACAGAGGAAGCCAACCAGAUGAGCAAACCUAGUUUGAAAAACCAAAUGGAGAAUUUAACAAAAGAGUUGGAGAAGUCAGAGUUAGAUAAUGUGAGUGGUAGUGGUAGCAGUGAGGGCAAUGUAGAAGAUAGAGAUCCACUUUUUGUAGCAAACAUUGGUGAUUAUUAUUCUGGUAUUGCAAGAAAAGGACCUGGUCGCUGGAUUCGUGGAGGAACCAACUGAAACCUUAAUUUAUAGAAAGACAACUCCAUUUGCAGUUGCAACCUAACAGGUAAUUGUGCUCUUGUGGAUAUUUUUGUUUGUCUCCACAAUAAAAUAUAGAGAGGAUUUGUUAGAAACUAACAGGUUAAAACGUUUCUGAGCAGAAAUAAACUUAUAAUUAGAUAGAGGUGCAUAAUGCCACUGCAUACUAUGAGCUUGAGAUUGGGGCUGGUCAAUGUUGUAAAUUAUUUAUAUUUCUUUCCUUGUAAUCCAUCAAUAUGGCCCAUUUUGUUGACUUUUUGGAUGAAUUGAAACUAUAAAUCUUAGAGAC